CGCUCUGCAGCGCACAGACGAACGCGGCGUUGGUUCAAAUUAAAAGCCAUGAAAAAUGGGGUUUUAAGAGGGAAAAAAAAAAUCGGCUCGGUCUCGGUGUUGUUGUGCUGAACAAUUCCUCGCCUGCAGCACCCAGAAGUGAACAGCAGGCGACCCGGAAGGCUUGAAGUCCGACAGGGAGCAAGGCAGAAAGAGGAGACUAAUCCUAAAUAAAAUAUCCCCGCUGCUGCUUCUCUUUCUCUCUCUCCCACUGGCUCAGGAUGGCUGAACCUCGCUUUAAUAAUCCCUACUUUUGGCCUCCACCUCCUGCGAUGACUGGUCAGCUGGAUAACCUAGUCUUGAUCAAUAAAAUCAAGGAGCAGCUGAUGGCGGAGAAGAUCCGACCGCCGCAUCUCUCCGCUGCCUCCGCCCCCUCCCAACAGCCCUUACUGGCUCCUCCCAGUCAGGUAGAGAGUGGCCAGCAGGGAAUGACCAAAGCCCAGCAGAUGCAGGUUCUGCACAGCCACAGCUCGUCUCAGCCUGAUAUCGCCCUGCACGCCCGGCCCACCUCCAGCUCAGUCACAGGUCGCAUUUUUGGGGACGUAAACUUGAAUCUUGAUGAUAAGGCCGCUGUAAAGGCCAGAGGAUUAUGGGAAGACUGGCAUCUGCGCCAACUCAUUGAUCAUCCUUCGCGGACAAACCACGUCUCAGGUGUGGCACUGGCAUCCAGAACAGGCAACCUCAACACCUCAGAGAUCAUCACCCCCAGCACGCCCAACUCGAGCUGCCACAGUCGGCUGGGCGGAGCUCCGACCCCUCACCUCAUCUCAGGGUUAGCCAGUGGCCACGGGAUGGAGCUGGGGAAAAACUGCGAGGGGCUUGUGGGACUCCUCGGGCCCCCUCCGAAGGAGGAACGGGGCCGUAAGAAGAUCAAAGCAGAGAACGGCUCGUCGCUGUUGGUGGUGCCAUAUCCAAUCCUAGCCUCAGGCAAUGACCAGUCCUGUGUUAUCACUGCCAAAGAGGGAAAGACCUACAGGUGUAAAAUGUGUCCCCUGACGUUCUUCUCCAAGUCGGACAUGCAGAUUCAUUCGAAAACACACACAGAGGCCAAGGCUCACAAGUGCCCUCACUGCACCAAGUCGUUUGCAAAUGCGUCCUACCUGGCCCAGCACCUGCGCAUACACCUGGGCAUCAAACCUUAUCGCUGCUCCUACUGUGAGAAAUGUUUUCGCCAGCUCUCCCACCUGCAGCAGCACACGAGAAUCCACACGGGGGACCGACCGUACAAAUGCGCCCAUCCAGGAUGUGAAAAAGCAUUUAGUCAGCUCUCUAAUCUGCAGUCUCACCAGAGGCAGCACAACAAAGACAAACAAUUCAAAUGCUCCAACUGUUACCGUGCCUAUUCAGACUCUGCCUCACUGCAAAUCCACCUGUCCGUUCACGCCAUCAAAAACGCCAAGGCGUACUGUUGCAGCAUGUGUGGCAGGGCAUACACCUCAGAGACGUACCUUAUCAAGCACCUGGCGAAGCACGCAGUGGUGGAACACGUGAUGUCGCACCACUCGCCCCAGCACAGGACAGAGUCCCCGUCCCUCCCUAUACGGAUCUCCCUCAUCUGAUCUCCUCACUCGUCUCUCGUCAGAGACGCGAUAUCUCAGCAUUCCUUCAGAAGGACUUCAACCCGUAAAUAGGUUCCAAAAAUGUGCCAGAUCGUUGUGAAGAGGAGCGCGUCCUCCUUUCUUCUCUUGCUGACCAGAUAGUAUUAACGGAGACAUCCAAAGAUGAUUUCUCAGCACUUUCAGGCCUAAAAAUGACAGGCCAAAAAAAAAAAACGUCUUUUUCUAUGUGACAAAAAAAAAAGAAAGAAAAGAAAAGGUUUUGCCCUAGGCAGCUACAUGGAAAAUCUUUUUUAACUUUGUGUGUGACAUAAGUCUUUUUUAUAUGGUCCUUUAUUUUCUUUACUCAAGCCUUUUUGAAAAACCAAUAAGUAUUCGCAUCAGACAAAGUCUUCCUUUAGCCACGUGGCCAACUGAACAUAAAGGUGAAUGCUUAGAUGAUGUGUAUUCUCGUACUGUAUGCAGUAUUAUGUCAAUGUUUGCAAUAUUUCACCGUUUACUGUAUGUGGCCAUAAUGAACACAUAGACCACCAGUUAACAAUUUCACUCUAGUCAUGCAACUUAUAUAUAUACAUAUACAUAUAUAUAAGUUGAAUGACUAUCUAU